UCCCUCCUUUUUUAUUGGCAAAUAGAGAUCACAAAGUCCUACAUCCAUUGCUGAUUGAAUCACUCGAUCCAAUGGUGAGGUGCAUUAACUUCACGGCCUCCAGAGACUGGUGUCUGGCACGAUCAUUCGCCUCCGCGGGCCUAAAAUCGACCACCACCACCCUCCACGACGGCGACACCACCAUCCACUGCUGGAUACCCAAAACCCAUAAACCCAACAAACCGAAUUUGCUCCUGGUUCAUGGUAUUGGCGCCAACGCCAAGUGGCAGUGGGAUCCAAUAAUCUCCCGUGUGACCCCCCUUUUCAAUGUCUAUGUACCCGACUUGCUGUUCUAUGGAGACUCGUACACCAGAAGACCAGAACGGACGGAGCACUUCCAGGCUGAGUGCGUGAUGAGGACGUUGGAGAGUGUGGGAUUGAUAGGGAAAAUUAACCUGGUGGGGCUUAGCUAUGGUGGGUUCGUUGGGUAUAGCAUGGCUAACCAAUUUCCAGAGGCUAUCGAGCGAGUGGUGAUUGUGGGUUCUGGGGUUAGUUUGGAUUCGGAGAUAGAUUUGGAGGAGGGUUUGUUUAGUUCCAAGAACAUCAAGGAUGCUGCAAACAUCUUGUUGGCUCAGACGCCUGAGAAGACUAGAGAAUUGUUGAGGAUUUCGUUUUAUAAGCCGCCCCCUCCGAAUCUUGCUCCCUCUUGCUUGAUUAACGAUUUUAUCGAUGAAAUGAACGUCGAUUACUUUGAAGAGAAAAGAGAGUGUAUCGAAGCUGUACAAAAGGAUAGAAAGUUUUCAGACCUUCCUAAGAUCAUUCAGCCAACGUUGAUCGUUUGGGGGGAAAACGAUGCGAUAUUUCCUUUGGAUUUGGGGUACAGAUUGAAAAGUCAUUUAGGUGAAGGUGCAGAGCUUAUUGUGUUGAAGAAGACAGGGCAUGCAAUGAACAUGGAGCAACCAAAAGAGUUGUGCAGGCUCUUCAAGUUAUUCCUCAUUCAGCACUCUCUUCCUCAAAGUUGAACAAGAAUUGCAAUCAAAGCAAAUAAGCUGUGUGCAUUAAGAUUCUGAGUAUUUUAUUCAGCAACUUAUGCAUAUCAUCAGAUUAUGCUGCUCCAUCUGCAUCGGGUUUCAAUAUUUGUUACAAUAACUAUAUAUAUAUAUAUAUAUAUAUAUAGGUUCGUUCCAGUGUAUUAUACGGGGUAAUUUGAAAAAAAUAAAUCAUGUCAAUAACUUAUCUUACAUAUAUGAAUGAUCAUCGAAAGUAUGAUGCUACUUUAGACU